AGAGAGAGAGAGAGAAAGGAAAAAGGAGAGAGAAAGAAGAAAGAUAGAGAGGAAGAAAGAAAGAAAGAAGAAGAGAGAGAGAAAGAAGUAAGGAAAGAAAGAAAGAAAGAAACAAACAAACAAAGAAGGAAAGAAAAAAGAAAAACAAAAAUCCAGGAAACGCAGACGUCUCAAAGUGCAACCGACUAAAGAAACACCUACGAUUACGUUACCGCCUUCUGCAGGUGGACGAUCUCGAGGGUCAGAUGAAGAAAGUUAUGGCGGGUGGUUACUCCUUCGUCAGCACCAAGCUCUACAGCCGCUCCGUCAUCGCCUCCCAGUACACAGACAGCCGGGGUUACACGCCUUUCUACACCGGGACGCGAGAGUAUCAUCACCCGCCGGGAAACAGCUGGGGCGUCAGGCGGGGAGGUCCAUUCCGCGAUUACCUUAGCACAAAGAAACUCCAGCUGAUUGAGGCGGGGAUGAUCGACUACUGGCUCGAUGACGUCAUCAGGACCAACGUGAGGGAGACGAGGGCGAAGGGGACGCAGCAGAGGAUCUCCGCGCAGGACCAGAUGUCCCUGCAUUACUUUCAUAGUGCCAGAUAG